GCUUAAUUUUCACAGUCCUUUGAGAAGAGAAAAGACUAGCGGUAGUGCAAAAAAAAGCGUCCAGAAAAGUGGACGUUUGUGGCCAAAUUGAAGACUAUAUCCUUGUGCUAAGAGUAAGAGGAGAAUCAUGACGUCUGUGUCGUUUUUCGGUACAGGGGAUGUGGAUUCCUGGACCAAGCCGCAGCUUCCGCCCAAGACCAAGUUCAUCGCAACCGCUAUGAACUCGACGCUGAACGCCACGGGAGGCUGCAGCACCAACGGCGGGGACCCGCGCAACUUCCCGGCCGACAUCGGCGGCUUGAACUACACCUCCUCGGCGAGCGCCGUCGUCUGGACCGCCCCCGUUAUCCAGCGGGUCGCCACCAUCAUUGUCCUCAUGGUCAUGACUUUGGUAGGUAACUGCCUGAUCAUCGUAAUUCUUACAUGUAGUUCGACUAAGAAGAGAUUCAGCCGAGUCAACUUCUUUAUCCUCCACCUGGCCAUUGGGGAUCUCCUCGUGUGUGUGGUGACCAUGAGCACGGAAAUCAUGUUCGUAGCGUUCGGACAGUGGGUGCUAGGGGAAGCCAUGUGCAAGCUGAUAGUCUACGGGCAAAUCGUGACUCUAGCCAGUACAACUUUCAUCCUCACCGCGCUCAGUUUCGACCGCUACAUUGCCAUAACCCGCCCUCUAAAUGUCAACAAGAACUCCACCACUGCGGCGAAGAAGACUAUAGCGUUGGCGUGGUUUCUGGCUUUCCUUUUUGCCGUGCCGCAGCUGUUCAUAUUCGUGCAGGAAGAGCGGCAAGCACCCGACGGGACGCUAAAAUACGCCUGUGUCAGUCAGGGGUACUCUUCAGAGUGGCAGCGGAAGGUAUACGUUACGUGGCUGGCUAUCUACGUUCUGGUCUGCCCUUCAACCAUCAUAUCUUACUGUUACAUCAAGAUCAUCCAAACGGUUUGGAGAACCGCUUCGGGCAGAGACAACGAGAGAGAUCUUCGUCGGACGGGCUGCAAGACCAUCUCCAGAGCAAAAGUAAAGACGAUCAAGAUGACCCUGUGCAUCAUCAUCGGGUUCGUGACCUGCUGGACCCCGUACUUCGUCGUCACCCUGUACGAGGUCUUCACUGGGCAGAAGCUGCCCGAGGUCGCCUACGUGGUCGCCGAGACCAUGGCCCUCUUCAACUCCACCUUCAACCCCAUCGUGUACGGCUGCUUCAGCUUGAACGUCAAACAGCGGCUGAUCGAGAUCUUCUGCGCGGACAAGCUCAAGGGUAAGAAGCGAAGAAGACCUACGCCUCUUCUCACCGAUGAUGUCUUGUUAACUCACAACAGAUCCUCUCAGCUUCGCACUAUGCUUCAAAAGAAACUACGAAACAAAAAGAAUCGGGAGUUGUCGGGAGCAAGUAAGUUCACCCGCAGUAGCAACAACUCCGCAACACCUGCGGCCAUGUUGAAGGUGACCCCGGAAGUGAUCGAACUUGACAAACGGAAGCAGACGUCAUCGCCACCCGAAGGGGAAAAUGUCGCCGCCAAGGUGCCAAAAAUCUUAAUCAACUGCGAGUCUAAUUCUUUAGAAUCGGAUGACAAACACCACAUUCAAGCCACGAUUGAACCUAAACCUAAAGAAGACAUUGUCGCGGUGACGGUGGACUAUCUUCGGGUCAUCCAGAACGUACUCGAACUUGAAUCUUCGGAAUUCAUUAGCACGUUUGCGGACACAAACGAUGUAACCAACCAGAUCGGGGUGUGUCUAGAUAUUCCCGGAAACGGCGGGGACAACAUGGCUGCCUCUUCAGACUCGUCUUUCCGGGAAUACGAAUCAACCUGUUAGAGAGGAGAACAACUUUCAAGAUUCAAGAAUUAGCAAGCAUUUCAAGGUCUUAUGAAGACCAACGUACCAAAAAUCAAAAACAAUCCAU